CUUACUCACCCAGACCACAUUGACGGCAGCUGUGAGAAGCUACACAGGCUAAAGGCAGCUACACGUUUAUUCUCUCUCUUUCAAAGGGAUCUGUGCUAAGAAGCUACAAUGCGCGAGUGCAUCUCUGUCCAUGUAGGCCAGGCUGGUGUCCAGAUGGGGAACACCUGCUGGGAGCUCUACUGCCUGGAGCAUGGCAUCCAGCCGGACGGCCAGAUGCCCUGCCACAAGCCUGUGGGAGGCCACGACGACUCCUUCACCACCUUCUUCAGUGAGACUGGGGCUGGGAAGUACGUCCCCAGAGCCAUCUUUGUUGACCUGGAACCCACUGUCAUCGAUGAGGUGCGCACAGGAACGUACCGCCAACUCUUUCACCCUGAACAGCUGAUCUCGGGAAAGGAAGACGCAGCCAACAACUACGCCCGUGGACACUACACCAUCGGCAAAGAGAUCAUUGACUCUGUUCUCGACAGAAUCCGCAAACUGGCUGAUCAGUGCACAGGUCUCCAAGGCUUCCUUGUCUUCCACUCUUUUGGUGGAGGCACUGGCUCCGGUUUCACCUCCCUGCUGAUGGAGAGACUCUCUGUAGACUUUGGCAAAAAGUCUAAGCUCGAGUUUGCCAUCUACCCAGCCCCUCAGGUCUCCACAGCAGUGGUGGAGCCGUACAACUCCAUCCUGACCACCCACACCACCCUGGAGCACUCCGACUGUGCCUUCAUGGUGGACAACGAGGCCAUCUACGACAUCUGCCGCAGGAACCUCGAUAUUGAACGCCCGUCGUACACCAAUCUGAACCGCCUCAUCAGCCAGAUAGUCUCAUCUAUCACAGCCUCGCUUCGCUUCGAUGGAGCCCUGAACGUUGACCUGACGGAGUUCCAGACCAACUUGGUGCCCUACCCUCGUAUCCACUUCCCUCUGGCCACCUACGCUCCAGUCAUCUCUGCCGAGAAAGCCUACCAUGAGCAGCUCUCUGUCGCUGAGAUCACAAACGCCUGCUUUGAGCCAGCCAAUCAGAUGGUGAAGUGUGAUCCUCGUCAUGGUAAAUACAUGGCCUGCUGUCUGCUGUACCGUGGUGAUGUGGUGCCAAAAGAUGUCAAUGUGGCCAUCGCUGCCAUCAAAACCAAACGCACCAUCCAGUUUGUGGACUGGUGCCCCACAGGCUUCAAGGUGGGCAUCAACUACCAGCCUCCAACAGUGGUUCCUGGAGGAGACCUGGCCAAGGUGCAGAGGGCUGUGUGCAUGCUGAGCAACACCACAGCCAUCGCUGAGGCCUGGGCCCGUCUGGACCACAAGUUUGACCUCAUGUAUGCCAAGAGAGCCUUUGUCCACUGGUAUGUUGGAGAGGGCAUGGAGGAGGGAGAGUUCUCUGAGGCCAGAGAAGAUAUGGCUGCCCUGGAGAAGGAUUAUGAAGAGGUUGGGAUCGACUCAUUUGAGGAGGAUGAGGAAGGAGAGGAAUAUUAGACAGGCUUAGCUGUCAUUUGGCAGUUAUUUUCAAGGACAAAAUAAGUCUGUUGAUUAGAAAAUAUUUUGCAUGUUGGUUUCACAACUAGUUUUUUUUUUAUUUUAAUUUUACCUUUCUAAAUUCAAAAUGUAUCUACCUGCCUGCAAAGCUCUGGGGUAAUUUCUUUGUUGUGCAUUCAAAUUAUUAUUUUUAACAGGACAUAAGUAACUUGACCUUUCCAAGUUUAAAACCUGUGUUGGUACUCAAUAAAUUUCUCCCCAAAACA